AUGUCUGGAAAAGCGACAUUGACCGCUUUGAAGAAUCUACAAGUUGGUCAGCACCGGAUCCCGGCAUUCAACAACUUCCCAAAUACAUCCAUCCAGGGCAAACCUCUAUUGAUUUAUCAUUCCGCAUUUCAAACACCAAGCGCCUCCCAAAUCGAGUCUCAUCUUAGCUCCAUCGGCGUCGUGACCCCUGCAUGGCGCUAUACAAUGUAUAGUACAUCCCAUUUUCAUUCCAAUACACACGAAGUGCUUUGCGUCUUUGCUGGCUCAGCUAAGCUUUGCUUUGGUGGUGAAGACAAUCCCGACAGAGUUGAGCCGGAGGUCCAGAAGGGAGAUGUGAUCGUUGUGCCUGCCGGAGUUGCACAUCGAUUACUGGAAGACAAAGGUGGUUUCAGUAUGGUUGGAUCGUAUCCUGGCGGGAAAAGCUGGGAUAUGUGCUAUGGUAGAGAGGAUGAGGCAGACAAAGUGGGGAACAUCAAGCAUUUGGGGUGGUUUGACAAGGAUCCGAUAUAUGGCGACAAAGGUCCAGCACUUGAUGUCUCGUAG